AUGGGUAGCGAGAUCGAGCAAUUGAAGGCCAUAGUGGGGAAGCUUCAGGCGGAGGUAACGCGUUUAAGCGAGGACAUUCGCAAGCUUCAGUACACGUACGGGUAUUAUCUCGAUAAGUGUCUGUACAAAGAGGUCGCCAACCUCUACGCCGAUCACCCUGACACAUGCGUUGAGUUCCUCGGAGGCCGAUACAAUGGCAAGGAGGGCGUUAAGAGACUCUACAUCGGUCGCUUUGCGAAUGCCUUCGUAGCCGGACGCAAUGGCCCUGUGCAUGGGUUUCUUCUCGAUCAUCCACAGAUGCAGGGCAUUGUCGACGUCAACGCAGAAGGCACCCAAGCCAAAGGUCGCUUCCGGAGCAUGAUGUCGGCCGGUACCCACGAUAGCAUCAAAGACACACACCCUCGCGGCCUGGUGCAAUGGUGGGAAGGUGGCAUAUACGAGAACGAAUACAUCAAAGAGAAUGGAGUGUGGAAAAUCUUCAGGUUGAAGUACUUCCCCUUCUGGCACGCGACCUUCGAAAAGGGGUGGGCGCACACCAAGCCGAACUACGUACCUUUCCUCUCAAAGACGUAUCCGGAGGAUCCAAACGGGCCAGAUGUUUUAUGCGAUCGUCCGAUGCUCUGGCCUGACACGCGUGUUGUGCCAUUCCACUACAAACACCCUAUCACCGGUGAGCAAGUCGCUAAUGACGAUCUUCGAGCUCCACACUUUGGUCAGGAUGCUUCAACAAGCAAUCCUCCACUCGUGCUGAGCGAACCACAAUCCGAGACGGAUACGACUGUUUAGUUUCAACUGCUGAAUGACUCAAAGACUAUACCGCACGCUCUAUGUUUUGCUUCGGCGCAUCAAGAUGCCGUUCUUCUCUUUGUGCAAUCUCGAUUGGAUUUGCUCAACUAUUCAAACAGGCUUGCCCCUUUUUUGCUCGCAUCGACGCGUCAGUGGUGUCCUCGGUAUCGUACAGGAACAACGCGGUCGGGCCUCUUCACGUUCUCCUCCAUGCCACCUGCUAGGUUAAUUGAGGGCAGCAUGUGCUAUUUACUUCGUGGUCUCAGAAAACUGUUCAGCUUGGAUUCCGAGUGGACCAGAAGAUUUAACGCAUAGCCUGUGCCUACCGAGACCAUUCAAGUGCUUGUUAUACAUGUUGAGCAGGAAUCGCUCGUGUUCUGACAGCCCUAAUGCAACGCUCAAGAUGCGCAGAAGGCUAGAGAAACCUCGGGAUUGAACGAAUCUACGCACUCUGAGUCACGGCAGAAGC